GAUAGUGUUUUCACAUUAUCGUCGAAGCUUUUGGUUUUAUAGGGUUUCGUUUCGGUAGUAGUUUGAGCGAGGCGUAAUAGUGCCUUUGCUGGGAAAGUACCGACUUGGAAUUAUUGUGAACGAAAGCAUAGGCUGUCAAAAACUGCCCCAGCCUGUGGCUCGGACGCACCCAGGUACCGCUUCACUUCCUUUGUGAUUGUUUAUGUUUCGAUUCUGCGCAUUUGCCAUGUGCUUGGGGUGACUGAUUGUGCGGCAAGUACAGUCCGAGUUGAAAUCAUGAAUAAAAAGCUAUUUCUAGCGAUGUCGCGGCGGCGUGUUUCAAGCCCACAGACAACACAACAGCUUUGGGAUGCUAUUAGAAUUACAAGCUACCAGAGACAAAUUCCUGAUGUGAACAGAAUCUCUCGUUAUAUGAGUCGCAUCCAUGGUGUCAGUGAAGAUGAAGUUCGACGCCAGCUGAGCUACUGCGUCCGCGAUGGGCUUAUUCGGCUCGUUAAACGCCUCGGAUAUAAAGGCACCAAAAUUGGAGUGGAACAGGAGAGUUACAGACUUCCUAAGCCAAAAUCAAUGGUACGAGAUGAUCAUGAUUGGUACUGUUUUAUAUGCCACAGUGGUGGUGAUGUAAUUUGCUGUACAUCUUGUCACCGAGUAUACCACCUAGCUUGUAUUGAAAAAGAAGAAUUGCCUGAAGAAGAUGUUAAAAAUAAAUUUGUGUGCAAUGUGUGCAAGCAGAUGUGUGAAGGCGUUGAAGAGAAUUUCAAAAUUAAGAAAUCACAGCUUAAUCGGCUCUUGACGUUUACAUGUGCAAGACUAAAGGAAAAACUUCCCGUCACAAUAAUGGACAGAACAGUACCCAGCAACUCCUCAUACAUAUCUGAUAGAACAAGUUCUGUCACAUCACACCAAAGGAGAGCUAGUGGAGCUGCAAGUGAUUCUAAUAUUAAAUGGGUCACAGAUGAUGCUGAUGCUGCUUGGCGGAUUCGUAAUCUUAUUUACUGCCCAAUGGAUCUACAAACAAUGGAGAAAAAGGCCCUGAAAAACAAAUACAAGAGUCUUGCACAGUUUCGUGCUGAUGCUCAAACAAUUGUCCACAAUGUUGUUAUUUACCAUGGAGAUGGAACAAAAACAAGAUUGAAGCGAGAUGCACCAUGGGUUCACAGUCCCUUAGCUGAUAUGGCACGGCAGAUGUUUCGUGAUUGCAACUAUGACUUGCAAGAAAUACGUCAGUGUAGAGACUGUUACCGCAUGUCAAAUGAGAAACUAGACCGGCAUUGGUUUUGUCAACCAUGUCGACCACCUCACCAGCUUGUGUAUGCCAAGCAAAAGGGCUUUCCUUACUGGCCUGCAAAAGUCAUAAAAGUUGAUGAUAAAGAUGUACAUGAUGUACGUUUCUUUGGCGGCCAUCAUCAGCGUGCCUUAAUUGAAAAGGCAUUUAUCAGGCAAAUAUCUGUCAACAUUCAUUCUCUGCAAGUAAAAAAAACUUCCUCCUGGAAUAAGGCGUGUGAGGAGCUUAAACGCCAUCAAUCACUUCUGGAUGAAAUGAGACGAUCUACUAACGACUUUACAAAGUUUGAGUCAUCAGAAGAUGAAGUAGAAGAUGAGGAGGAUUCUGAAGAUGAGGAUUCAAAACUAGAGAAAGAAAACAUAGAGGAUGAAGAUGAGGAAGAUGAGGAGGAUGAAGAGGAAGCAGAAGCAGAUCAGGAACAUGACACUGAUGAUGGGGAGGAAGAGCGGAUCUCCAAGGAUUUACCAAAGACUGAAUCAGUCUCGGAGCCCCCGGCUGCUACUGAAGAAUCACUUACAAUACCCUCACCUAAAAAGCGGGGCAGAAAGCGGAAACAUAAGGAAACAGAAGAAAUAGAUACAGAAGAGGAUGCAUGUAUUACAUCUACAUCAGUAAAGCGAAAGUCAAAGAAGGAUGGAACUUCUCAAGAGGACACAGUCACGUCAUCAUGUGAGGAACCAGUGAACCGUUCCUUUGCUACUCAAACAAAUAAGAAAGCACCUAUCACCCCAACAGUUAGCAGCAAGGAGAUUGCUAAAGCUGUGAAGGAAGCUCUAGAAAAACAAAAGUGUGAAUUUGACGCGGAGAGAGCUGAGCUGGAAGAAAAGCGUGAACAAGCAGUUGCUAAUGCUGUGCGAAGUUAUGAGCAAGAUUUAGGACGUAUGCAGACUGAGCACACAGAGGUAAUUGCUGACCUGGAGGAAAAACAUCGAGCAGCAAUAUCAGAAGUCAAGAAGAAACAGUGGUGCUACAACUGUGAACAGGAAGCAAUCUACCAUUGUUGCUGGAACACUGCAUAUUGCAGCACUGAAUGCCAGCAGACCCACUGGCAGAAAGAGCACAAGAAGGUUUGUAGAAGAAAGCGUUGAUGCUCUUGCACUGUACAAGAGUACCUGAUUCUAAGGCUUCUCUUUAAAAUAUGUCAUGAGUCAUGAGCAAGUCGUGUGAAUCUUGACUUUUGCAGAGACCAAUAUUUCUGUUUAGAAAUUUUGUUUCUUGUUGACUUUUCUUAUAGUUCUUAUCCUGUCGUGUUCUUGGGUACUAUUUUUUUUCUAAUUUUUAGUAGUAACAUUCUCAUUUUGAGUGAAAGUGCUUCGUAGGUAGUAUUGUUCCUUCACCAUAUGAUUUUUGUUUCAAUUUUUCAUUUGGUUUAAUAAUAUGUAUUGUUCUUACUAUAUUGGACUCUGUAUGGCUGAGUUUAUGUUCAAUGCAGUGUCACUAUCUUAUUGGCAUUCAAACAUGGGGAUUAUUCCAAGAAGAAUUAUCAGAAUGUAGCUCUAGUUUUCUUGGUGCUUUAUUUAGUUUCAAGUGAAAAUGAGUGUAUUACUUUCAAAGUGUCUUUAAUUCCCAUGCUUUUGCUGUAAUUCUUAAAACUUAUAGUGGCUAUUAUUUGUUUGAUUGUUUUUUAUUUCAAGAAAAAGAUAGGUCCAGAUCAUGUGAAGUUUACCUUAUUUAUUUGAUUCUCAGCCACAUCCCGAAUUUUACAGGGGAGUCACAGGAAAUACUUCCAGAAGACCCCUUGAAAACGGGCACGUGUUCAUAGCCACAUCCCGAUCUUCGAGUUUUAAAAUCAGAAAAAUGGGUGGGGCUCAGAAUCAAAUAAAUGUGUGUGAUUUUUUAAUAGAUUAAAUUUUUCUCUAGUCCAAAAUUUUUAUAUUUUCAAUUAUUGUGGUCAGAUUUGUACAGUAAAUGUAUCGUUUUUUAUUUUUGAAGAUUGUUUAGGCACUCCUUCACGGCUUACCUCUUGUCAUUUGUUCCCCUUACCUACCUUACUUUAGCAUUCUUUUGAAAGUGUAAUGUUGACGACACCCUUGAGAUGUUUAUUGGUGAUGGAGUGACAGUUCAACCAGUGUCAAAUUUAUUCUUAACUGUGCCUUGUCAGUAUUUUAUUGAACUACCGAUAGUUACUUUUUCUAGUGCAACUCUGAAUGCACUGUUUAGUCUUGCUGUGUUCCACUUCCACUUCCUAUUAUUUCAUUUUGACCUUCCUGAGUAUACUCAGUUCCUCAACUCCAUCUCAACAUUAGGAAAAAAAGAUCUGAGGGUUGGCUUGGCUGUGUAACCGUAACCUGGCUAGCACUGUCUGUGUCUGUGUAUAUUUAUAUAUUCCUCUUAUAUAUCUUUUUAUGUUCCUUGUCUUUCUUUAUAAUGUCUGAGGAAUUAGAGCAGAGCUGUGCAAAUUGGAAGAGAGUGCUUGUAAAGUUAAUUUUUAAGCUGUUUUGAAACAUAUAUAUUUUAAUUAAAGAUUUACUUUGUAAUUAUGUACAUAUGUAAGUACAAGCUAUCAGUUGUGUUAAGUACACUAGGUUAAAACCACUAAUCUAGAAUGUUCAUUCUCCAGUUCAUUUAUCAUUAAAUCUCUGAAGGCCAUAUUGGUGCUGCAUGCUGCAACAUAUGGCACUGUCUUAUUCUGCUCUAACAAAUGAUCUAAAUUAGUUGGUUAAUUUAAAACUAGACCUUGCACAAGUCUGAUUUUUCAUUAAUGAUCUUGUAGUACAGUAGUUUUCUGUGGACGGGAAUUUUUCUUUUUUAAGAAUGUAUCUGUAAUUAAUGUUGAAAUAAUUUGUCAUUGCCUCAAGAUAUAUAUUUUUGUGGAUCUUGUGUAUGACCUCACAACAUGUCAGACAAUUAUCUAGAUACAAGAUACAAUUUACUCAGAUUUUGUCAGCAGGGCCUCUCUGAAUGUUGUCAAAAACUUAAUAAUUUUCCCGGUGAAUGUGAAACCUGUGAACAGUUUUAGAAGUAGGAAUAUGUACCACCGUUCUACAGUAUUUACAGGUGUGCUCUACUUUAUUUUCUAUUGAGAUUUUUCUCCAUACUUAAAAUUUAUACUGUAAAUAGGUCUGAAGAUCGCCAUAGCCUUCUUGCUUCACAUAAAUCCUAUUCAGUGCCCAAUCUAUGCACUAGUAUGACACUAUUCACUAUUUGCAUAAAUAAUCUGUUGUGAGAGAUUCUUACGAUGAUUGUUUUUCAAUAAUAUAUGUGUUUUAUUCAUUGACAUCGAACUUAAUCAGAUUUGCACUUAAAUAUUUUGUAUUUUGUUUCAUACGUAUAUUGAGUGCACAUCGCAGAAACCUUAUUCAGUAGUGAACAAUAAGUUUUGUAACAGCCAUAUUUUUCUGUAGAAGCACAACCGAAUUACAUACUUAGUUAUUUUUAAUGGCAGUAUAAUGUUAGUACUGUAACGCUUCAUGAAUAUAUUUCUGUUCUGAGUGUUAUAGUACUAUCUCCAUUCCAAAAUAUAGUAUAUUGUGGAGGCGGUGCAGAAUUUAUGUACAUCUAUUCCCAAUAAAGUUACCUUUUGGCUUA